AUCAAAAAUGCCGAUAUGUCGGAGGAGAUGCAGCAGGACUCGGUGGAGUGUGCUACUCAGGCAUUGGAGAAAUAUAGUAUAGAGAAGGACAUGGCGGCCCAUAUCAAGAAGCAGUUUGACAAGAAGUAUAACCCCACCUGGCACUGCAUCGUGGGGAGGAACUUCGGUAGUUAUGUGACACAUGAAACCAAACACUUCAUCUACUUCUACCUGGGCCAAGUGGCCAUUCUCCUGUUCAAAUCUGGUUAAAAGCAGGGACUGUGCCACACACCCAGUGA